AUGCUUCCCCCAGAACUGCGUAUCCUCAUCUACAAUGAAGUUGUGAUAUCUUGCUUUCCCGGAUUCCGAGACGACCAACUGAUUCCUGUGCCAAAAUUCUUGGCCAGCGACCUUGAGUAUUCGGAUAGAGUCCAAAUGGACAUGAGACCCAAGUUCCUGUUUAGAGAACCUGCUCUUCUCAAUACAUGCCGGCAGAUACGCGCCGAGGUGCUGCGACUUUACUACGGCAAGUACGGAUUCUUAGUUCGGGUUAACUCAUUUGGCCAUUACAGAGCUUUUGCGUCCUGGCUACGCAGGACCGGGAAGGAUGGAGUUGCAGCGCUUCGCCACAUAGUCUACCGCGGUGUGGCGGAUCAUGUCACCUCAGUUUCCGGGCCGGAUCAAUCGUUUGUCGUUGGGGGCAACCCUCACCGUCGCCGUCGCGCUCCCCUCCCUCCCAUCCCUGUCGUAGUGGAAGUCAGCAUUCGGCCGCCGCAGAAGAGCCCUGAUUCCGUCUACCGCAUUGAAACCCGCAUAAUCGCACCAGAUUAUAAUUGGUUCAACCCACAGAUUGCGGAAGGAAAGCUCGAUGCCAUCCGCCAGGUCGUUACGGAGCGCAUUGAGGCUUCAACCAUCAAGGAAGGAGGCCUAGAUCGGGACACCUAUCUGGCUAUCUGGCAUAUCGUUCAUGGCGUUCUCAGUCAGCCGUUUCCAGGCGAGGAAGAACUGUGA